AUCUCUUCCAUCGUGUUGUUUUUCUCCUCAUUCUCCAAUCUGCCUAUCCUUGAUUCCUUCAUCACAGGAUUCGAAUCUCACUGUUGGUCACCAUCGCUACUUGAUCGAAGCUCGACUACAGUCUUGUAGCUUCAUCAAAGACACACACAAACAUCGAACUUGGGAGCCCCACAGCCUCGUGGCAAUAUCAGUACCCAACAUACCUGACCAGCUUCAACAUGGAUCAGCUCCUCACCACUCUCUGGAGUAGAGGCGGCUGGUUCCGCGCAUUUACACCUCCUUCACCCGGCGACGAUGCUCCCCAGGCCCCCCAAACUCCCCAAGGAACUCCUAUUCUCGACGUCCCAUCCGAUGUUUUGCUUCUCAUCGGAGACUACCUCAAUGAUGCAGAAAUCCUCAGUCUCAAGCUCGCCUGCCGGAGCACUUAUGCUCUGUUUCCGCAGACGUACAAGUCGCUGCCGCCAUAUCUAAAGAAGCGUUUCCUCCCCAUUAUCGAAAAGGACCCCUUGGGUAAGGGGACGGUCUAUUGCCAUGUUUGCAACAGGCUUCAUCCUUUCAACGAGACAACCGGACCUCACUCUGGGCCUGAGCUCGGCGUUGAUGGGAAAAGACUCAAGUGUAUGAGCCGAGAUCGAUUCUCUCCAACCGGCAACCCCUUUUCGCUCAGCUACACCCAUGCCAGGCUAGUCAUGAACAGCCACCUAUACGGCCCCGAAUACGGCAUCCCGCUGGCCAAUCUGUGCACCGAGCAAAGCGAGCGUCGGGACCUGAUGACGAUACGGUGCUCGACGUCGGCCAAGAUUAUGGACGACGAGCUGUUCUUACAGCGCACCUAUGCUCUGACAGUGGCUGAUAGAGAUGUGGCCGAGUUCCGAAAGUGCACCGGCGCGCGCGACAUUAAGCUCUGCGAGCACACUUCUCUAUUUCCCGCCUCAUCGCCCUUUCGCCAGUCCAUCCCCGAGCUGCUCAAGAAGCCCGCAGCCGGAGGCGAUGGCCUCGUCCCAUGCCGCGAGGCUCCGGGAUCGUGUGGCUUGUGCCUGAUGGAUUAUGACAUCACGAUCCAGCCUUGUGCGGACGAUUCACACAGCAUCGUCAUCCGAGCCAUCCACCAACUCGGCUCUUGCCGCUCUCCGCGCGACUGGAAGUGGGCGAGAUUCAGCGAGAGCUACCGCAUCCAUAUCUUUUACCCCAGCCGGCCUAAUCGUCGCGGAUCGACCUACAGCCCCGGCUCCCUCCACAAACGAUGGGACGAUGACGAGAGGGAAGCCUGCGCUGUGCUGGGCGGAGGAUCCGGCAGUCUGUUUGGUUUGUCUUUAUUCAGCUAGAGGGAAGGGUCUUGUUCAUCCAUGGUUUUGGUUAUGCAUGGCCGCUUUCGAUCGGUUGGAAUGCGGCCAUGGUGAGACAGAAUGCGUGUGAGUGCGUGUACUUGGCCUUGCUCAGCCACUUGGGAAACGAAUCCUGUCACACAGCAAGUGGUUAUGCUUUUUCCUUUUCCUUUUUCUUUUCCUGCAUUGGAUCGGAGUUGGAUCUUGGGCACAAUUUUUUUUUUU